CAAUUGCUGGUUAUGGCGGCGAUUGCAUUCCUUUUUCGAACAGGUAACUUUAGUCUUUUUCAUCGCCUACACUGUGGCGAUGUUUGAUUUGAAGAUUGUGUUUAUAUUUACUUCAUGUGGAAACCAUAUUUAACCUAAUUCCAUAAUUUUCUCUCGUCUCCGGAAGGGGAAAAUUUGAUUUGUGCCCUCUGCGAAACUUUACUUCCUUGGUUACGUACUGUUUUCGAUCGAAUGUUUACAUUAGCAAAGUAACUUUUCUGGCAGUGUGGUUAGUUGCUUUGAUUUCGACCUGAAAUGUGACUUUUGAUAUCGGAGUGGCAGGAUCAAGCAGGUGAAGCACUGAGAACGACAUUUUGGAUGAAAAUAGUUAUGAGUCGGUGAUCUGCAUGUUGCGCGUUAAUCCAGAGACAGAGAUUUGAGUCGAUGUCGCGUUUCGAAUAUUUUCCUCGUUCUUUUUGGAAAAAAUGCAGAAAAUGAGCCCUGCGAGGAUCAUAAAUUUAUUACGUUUAUGUUGUGUUCAUAAGCAUGUGCCAUGAAAGUUAACGAUUCUGGUGCAAUGAAAACUUAAGGUUAUUAUUAAUGGGUAAAGUUUCAAAUACAACUGUCGUAGUGUUAUGCUCUCCCAUGAUGUUUGUCAACUUAGUAGGUUAACAAGAGCCUAAAUAUUGAUACACGUUUUCACCAAGCCGAACAAAUUUGAAAAUUUCCUAAUAAUAUAUGUUGAUUUCAGUUUGAAGGUCAGACUUCAAUUUUUAAAAAAAAAAUGUCAAGAUAAAGUUUACUUAUUCUUCAUAUCAACAGCCUUCAUGCAAUCCACAAAGACUCAACGUUUGCCGUCGGCAUCUCCUUUAAAGUCAUCUGUCUGUAAAACAUCAACUAGUGGAUCUCUACGCAACAUCAGCCCCCUUAAACAUCCAACAAAAAAGAAGCCAGGCACAAGAGGGACUAGUCAAUCAGAUACUAGAUUAACUUCAUCAUUAAGAAAGCUAUCACUAACUCCAAAUCCUCAACCACCUUCCCGGUCUAAAAGCAUAUCUCCUAGGAAAGCAAAAUUAAGUCAUGUUCGAGGAUUGAGUUCUUCUGCAGUCCACUCGGUUGAGGACAUUGUUAGUCUUAUUAAAGGGGAUAAAUGUAAAAACAUCAUUGUCAUGGCUGGUGCAGGGAUAAGUACUCCUAGUGGUAUACCUGAUUUCAGGUAAGUGGCAUCGUUGAGAAUUGCAGAUUUUGUUAUGGAAUUUUAGUAUUGUCUGGAAUUGUUAUUGUGGUAUGACCAAUCUCACUGGGGUUCAAGGCAUAAAAGCAAUCAGAGAACCACAAACAGAUUUAUUUAGCAUUAUUAGGUAACUUGGUUUUACCAACUGAGGUUAUAAUGUAAGGUGAAUGCUAACGCUUGAAACAUCAGCUUUAGAAACUAUCCAUGGUGGCCAAUUUAUAUUCUCAACUCAUAUAAUGAAACCAAAUUAUCCGGUAGUACCCCACCAUAAAGCAGUUUUUUUUAGAAACUUCCCCCCCUUAAUUGAUUAGCAUUGUUGUACACCUGUCACUUAAUUUUUUUUCUUACACCUGAUUGGCUCGAAUUUCAUUGUUAACCCUCCCCCCCUUGGAUUGAUCAACAAUUAAUUUAUUAUUACAAUAACAGUACAUUGUCAAGUAUAAAAGUGAUGGUAUCAAUUAGUGAUGUCACAAAUAGGCAUUCUCAUUCCCAGUCUCCAGGUCAAUUUCACAAGGGAAAUGAGUGAAUUUCAAGGGGUAGAAAGUAACAUCACUUCUAAACCAGUGUUUGUUUAUUUCAUGUUUAAAACAAUCAAACACAGGGUAAAAAAAAUUUGUGUCACAUACACAAGUUUACAUAUAUCGUAUGAAAAAGAAAAUAAAGUGAAGAGUUUUAUUUCAAGGUCAUAACUGUAUAAUUAAAUUUAACCACAUUUUUCAUUAUAUGUGCACAGAACACCAGGAACUGGACUUUAUGACAACUUACAGCAAUACAAAAUCCCAGAGCCAGCAGCCAUUUUUGAUCUAGACUACUUUUGGUAUGACCCAAGGCCAUUCUUCUGCCUGGCUCAGAGUCUUUAUCCUGGAAAUUACCAGCCAAACUAUGUUCACCAUUUUGUAAAGUUACUCCAUGACAAGGGAUUGCUGUUGAGAAUGUACACACAGAAUAUUGAUGGACUGGAAAGAUGUAAGCUGACUGAAUUUUUCAACUAUAGCUUUUCAAUGAGUGAUCAAGACAGAAUUUCUCCUUACAAUAUCAGCACACCUGGAAGUCUGUGGUUUGCCUCCACAUGCAAUAAGCAGUGUUUUGACACUAGGUUACCCAGGCAUGUAAAUCACACUAUGUGUAGUUCCAGUAACUGAUAUGAUUUUUCUCUUUUAAGUGGCUGAAGUACCAGCAGCAAAACUUGUGGAAGCCCAUGGAACAUUCUCAACUGCAUCAUGUAUAAGAUGUCACAAAAGCUACGAUGGAGAACAAAUAAAGGUAGGGAUUGUGGAUUGAAAAAAAUGUGCACUUUGCAGGUAACAUUCCCCUUUAAGUUUGAUAAUAAAAAAUGACUUGAAAUUAUUAUAGUAUUUAAUAUCUGAAACCAGCUAGGACAGUUAUGGCUGAUGCAACAAAGAGAACUGCACACUAAAGAUCACAUGGCCUAUUUCCUGUAGGUCCUAGCAGUGUGUUAAAAAAACAUUUUUACUCCUUGUGUUUCACUCAGUCAGUGUAAGAUAACACUUUUGGCAGCGACAAACUUGCCCCAUAUAUAACUCCAGGUUUUUUGUGAAGCAAGGGCCCUGACUACCUGGCCAUCAUUUCUCUUCAAACAUCAAACACUAGGGCAAGUCUGACAAGUCUCACCCAUCAUCAGUAUCCUGUGAGCUGUAUCAGGGCUAUCACCAACUCAGACUAUAGAGCCCAUUCUGCUUCAUUAUUCUCCAAACCAGGAAUUUUAAAUAUUUUCCCUGUCAAUACAUUUGAAACCCCAAAUUCAUGUUUUGAUAUCAAAGUAGUGUAUUGCCCCCAUUGUUUCCCAAUGUUUUUGUAACAAAUAGCCAAAUUUACUGCUUUGGCACCAGAACUGCUCUUAUUAUCCACUGCAUUUAUAUUGUACACAUCUCAAGCAAUAUGUAACUCUCUACCGAGGUCCUAAAAUUUGCAAUUCUCUCCUUGUAUUAGUCACUUGCUAAUCAAGUCUUAGCUUCAAGACAAAAAUGUUAGAGUUUUUAUAAAAAAACACUGAAUUGGCAUAGCUUGGCCAAUUCAGUGUGCUCGCUAAUCAAGCUUUUUUAGCUUUAAGACAAAAAUGCUAGGGUUUUUACUAAAAAGUAACACUGAACUGGCCAAGCCACAUAUUUGCAGCACUCAUUUUUUGUCAAUACAUUGUUGUUAGUGAGGUGGCCUCCCAUAAACCAAGUGGUUUCUUCUCACCUUACAAUUGCGAUGCUGUACAUUUCUCUUUUGUUACUGGUAAAAAGGCAAAUAGGUGAUGAUUAUGGUUUAAAGCUGUUUGAUUGUAGUCCUGCAAUAUACAUAAAGCUUGAGUCACUGAGAAUUAUGUAAUUUUUAUAGAAAACUAUCAUGUCAGACCACAUGACCAUCCCUUCUCUUCAAACAUCAAAUGCUCUGGGGCAAGUCUGACCCUUCAGUAUCCAUAUUUCAGGUGUUUGAUUGAGGCAUUGCAAUUUGUUUGAGGCUUGAGUCAUAGAGAAUUUGUAUUUUUAACAGAAAACAAUCAUGGAUGGUGACAUUCCUAAAUGCUCCAGUCCGAGAUGUUCAGUAAGUGACAAAUAAAGAGCCUUCUCUGUUUCUUGUCAAUUAUGAACUUACAUUGCAAAACAGACUCACAUCCGAGAUCUUUAUGAAAUAUUAAUUUCUCUUUAUGGAUAGCUAUUGCUCUCUGGAAAGUGAAUUUUAACACUACUACCAGUCACUAAUCAGUUCACUCCAAGAUAUGUAUUCAUUUCUUUGCUUUUUUUGUUAAAUCUGUAUUUUUUUUAUCCUUGCAAGCCUUUUGAACCAAGUGAUCUAGCAACCACCAAACCAGCCUACUUCAAAAUUGAAAAUAUUUUUUUACAAACUGCCAAUGGGCAGUAAGUGAAAAUCAUAUGAAAAAUCAUCAAACACACAAUCCACAAUCCACAACCCACAUUUUAUGCCGUGUUGGCUUUGUUCCUUCCUUAAUAUGUGAAAAUAUGAUAGAGCAAAAAACAUUCCUAGGAUGAAAAGAUACUCCUUGAGUACAAAGUUGAUGCUGAAUUGUAUCCUUGAAUCUUUUUUCUUUCAGGGUGUGGUUAAGCCAGAUAUUGUGUUUUUUGGUGAAAACUUACCCAAAAGGUUUUACUCCUAUAUUGUGGAUUUUCCAAAAUGUGAUCUUCUAGUAAUCAUGGGCACUUCAUUAGAGGUGAGGGUUACAUUGAACCAGUCUUCUAGUUUUGCGAACCACUGAUUGAAAAGUUUUAAAUUUAACAUUUGCUAACAUUAAUUUCUUGAAUUUCUUCAGGUGGAGCCAUUUGCAGGCAUUGCGAGUUCUGUGGACCGUUCCACUCCUCGCCUUUUGGUAAACAGGGAGAUCGUGGGACCGUUUUCUCGGCGUUGGGAGAGACGCUCCAACGACGUGGUGCUCCAAGGAGAUGUUGUAGAGGGUGUGACAAAACUUGUUAACUUGUUAGGAUGGUCUGAUUCAAUGGACAUAAUUAUAAACAGUGCCAAGCAAAACUGGAAAGAUCAUUUGUCUACCACGGACACCAAGGUUAGUAAAGCUUCCGAGGAGCUUGCUAAAAGUAUUGGAAAGACAUUAGACGGAAGAGAAAUGAUGGAAACAUCUUCACAAACUAGCAACGCCCAGCCAAAGAAUGGCGUUGAUGUACAGAGAAAGGAGAGUGGACUGUUUACAAGCACUCCUAAAAAUGGAGUCUCUAACGGAACGACAGGACCAAGUUCAUUUGGUACCAGAACGCUACACUCCCAAACUAAUAGUUUUACAGGCAAAGGAGUUCUUUACAGGACAAAUAAGAGUGUUCUCUUCAUGAAUGGGGAGGGGCCUAUGAGACCCUCUUCAUCUUCUCAAAGAGCCCCUCUUUUGCCGUUCCGAUACACUCAGAGAAAAGAAUCGAGUGGACAGGAUAAGAAAACGGACUUCAAGGUUAUUGAACCAGGAAAGGAUCUUGCUAGUGCAGGAUUUGGACUUGGAAGGCGAAGCGUGGGGCGAGUGAGCUGUUUUCUGGCCGGAACUGCGGAUGAAAGUUCGAGUGAUGAUGAUUCGGCAUAGUUCACAGUAAAACUCCUGCUGAUUGAUACCAAGAGUUAAUAUGCAGCUGCUAAACAACGCAACGUAGUACAUGUAAGGAGCCGGUGAUGAUGACGUUGAACAUGUCAGAAACCAGUCAUAGAGGAGAAGUUGUAGUGGGCCAAUCGCGUUGGGUUAAUUAGUGGUACAUUAUGUUAAAGUCGAGUUGUUUCCGUACAGAUACAUAUAUCAAGUAUAUAUAUUUUUUUAACUUCUGUAAAAAUGGUUUAAGGGAAAAAGAAAAGAUAAAUUAUUCCGUGCUAUAUCAAGAGUUGUCGAUUGUUGUGACGCAGAUAAAAUAAAUAAAUGUAUUAAGUAGAGUUAGCAUUGCUGUCGAG